AUGCCGUUCUGGAACCGCCGCCAUCGCUGUAUGCGCAACCUCGAGCGCGACGUCGCAAUAGCCGCCGAAGCCGAUCCCGCCCUGCUGGAGCCCUACCAAACCAUGCUCAGCAGUGAAUUUGGCGCCUCGAUCAGGACCAACGGUAUCGCCCGUUCGGAUCCUCGCCCCGUCCCUGCAAGGAACAGCCGCUCAAGUUCCGUCCGAGACGCGGAGCACACCGACGAGCUGGACGACGACAUCGAGCGCCGGCUCAGCAUCAUGGCCGGGCGCAUGCGAUCCACCAGGGCCAGCAGCGAUGCCGACCGCGAAACUGCCGGAGCGCUUCGGAGCGCGACUGUGAACGGAAGGGUUGGUGCGGCGCGCACCCUUCCCACCGUCGCCUCUCCGCCGGAAUGUCUUGACAGAGCGGGUAACCCUGCCCAUGCACCUCAGACCAGCACCGCCCACCGUUUCGUCGAGCAGCAAGCAGAUGAGACCACCAUGGCCGCUGGCUUCGGCACCACCGCAAGUGUAGCUGGCCGCAGGAUAUCACCGAGCACCACCAGCACCAGCGCCUUAACCAGGCGCAGCUCAGGCAGCACUUCUGACCUGACCAGGUUCGCCGCUCUCGAGCCACCCUCCAUCGACGAGCACACGCGCACCGAGGAUAUCGACCAUAGCUCCGAGACCUCCUCCGUAUCGUCGGACGAGGGCGUGUGGAUCGCCGGCCAGGCGCCUCGCAGUCGUGACGAGCGUGUCCGGCUGCGCGCCGCCGUUCUGGACAUGGAAGAUAGGUUCGACAAUCCAAACCGGGGCCCGGAAUUCACAGUGAUCGGGGAUACUAUUGGAACCGCACAGAGGGUCUGGAUUGCCGACCUCUAA